GUAUACUACAAGUCACGCGCGACAAAUCGUACCGUGUAAAUCAGCCUUUACAAGCGACGAAGUAUGAGAGAAAAUGAGGUCGAAAACAUUUAUGGUUUUCGUCGCUGCAUUAAGCUGUAUAUCAAAGAUGAAAAUGUGCUUAAAACUAAGAAUGAAGGUAAAAAAUUGAUUGAAACUUCGACAGAACUUUGGAAACGCAGACCUCUUGUCGACUCUUUGUUAAGCUAUUGUGCAGUCGAUACACUUGAACUGUUYAAACUGUUUAAGAAGUUGAGAAGUGACAACAACGAAGAGCUCACUCGACUGAGAGUUGCCUCAGAGCGAUACGUGGACAUGUAUCGUGGUAAAACCAAGAGGAAUUUUGACGAUUUUGAGACGAAUGCACACCUUCCCUUGGAUAUCAUUCCCGAAAAGGGAACGCUUACAUUUCCGUUGGCCACUACUCAGUGCGUCGAAUGCAAGCGACUUUUCCCACACGAAGAAUUUAGCAAAACACAAUUACGAAAGAGUGAGCAAAGAUGCAGAGUUUGUAAAGAGGUAAAACGUAGAAUUGAUGUWCAAAUUAACCGAGAAGAUAAUUGGRAACGUGAAUAYGAAGCUUCAAUGAAUGUCUGGGUUAGCGAUGACGACGAACCUGGGUAUGACUCGGGCUUCAGUUAUUUUUGGUGAUGUUGGACGACGUUUGUUUUGGUCUUCUCGUGGCUGUUCAUUUUAUCUUCAGAGGCUUCCCAAACUAUUAAGGAAUGGAAUUGAUUGUCAAAGGAGAACGUACGAUUGGCAUCAUGGCCGAUGAAGAGAGAGCGGAACAUACAUAUUUUAUUACAUUAUUAAUACAAUUAAGAAAGCAGUAU